GGGAAGCGGCAGCGGCGAGCGGGGACGGAGCCGACCCCGGGGCAGCGCAGCCCGAUCCCGGUCAGGCACCGCCGGGAGGGACCCCGCGCCGCCCCCGGGCCGCGGCACAGCCAGGGAACCGAGGGGGGCAGGACGAGAAGGGGGCUGCAAUCUGAGCCGGACCCCAGCGCGACCCCCGCGCCCGCCCCGCGUCUCCCGCAGCCUCCGCCGCUCGUCCGGUCCCGUCCGGCCAUGCGAGCCCCGGCCCCGCUGGCGCUGGGUUGCGUCAGCUUCGCGCUGUGCCUUGUGGAGCUGCCCCACGGGCGGGCCCUGCCGCCGCGCAGGGCCCCCCCGGCGCGGAGCCCCCCGGAGGGGACCCCCGUUCUCCCCGGAGCCCCCCCGGCCGCGCCGCCCAUCGGGACCCUGCGGCACCGAGCCCCGGUUCCGCGGCAGCGAGCCCCGGUUCCGUGGCUCGCCCCUCGACCCCCGCCGUGGCACGUCCGGCGGCUCAUCCUGCGGCGGGACCCCCGGCGGGACCCCCGGCGGGACCGGGGCCGCCGCCAGGCCGGGGGGCACCUGGUGCGGGUGGGCUGCGUGCUGGGCACCUGCCAGGUGCAGAACCUGAGCCACCGCCUGUGGCAGCUGCGGGGACACUCGGGGCGCCGCGACUCGUCCCCCAUGAACCCCAACAGCCCCCACAGCUACGGCUGAGCGGGGGGCGCGCCCCGGCCCCGCGGGACCCCCCGAGCACCGCCGUGGGCUCCUCCGGGGGGCUCCCGGAGCACCGGGGGCCGCCACGCUGUGGAUCCCGGCGGGCAGGAACCGGUGGCGGCCCCGGUGGUGGCCCCGGUGGCGGCCCCGGUAGCGGGCGGCGGUGACCCAGCGGUGGACCGGAGUGACUCCCGGGGCCCGGUGCCGGCCCGUGGUGACUCUGAUGGCUCCGAGUGGCCCCUGGUGGCCGCUGGUGGCCCGUGGUGACCCGGGGCGGGUCCAAGGGCCACCGGCGGGAAUCCCGCUGACCGCAGCAGCACCGGGACCUUGUGCAAGACCCUCCGGCCGCGCUCCUGCUGACUCAGCAUUCCCGUGCCCCACCCCAGGGCACCCCCGGAGCCCCCCAGGGCACCCCCAGUCCUUCCCCAGGGUGGCACAGGGACCCCGCUGCGGGCUGGGGGACGGGGCAGCCCCCAGCCCCUUCCCCACCCGGGGGUCCCGCUGGGGCUCGCACCUUCCCAGGUGCUGCGGGGGUCCUCAGCCUGAACGCUGUCCCCUCCCCUGGCACCUUGUCCCGUGUCCCCAGCCCGUGUCACCCCCAGCCCGGCAGGAGCUGGUGAUGGGGAGGUGUCCCCAAAUGUGGGGGGCGGUGGAAAGGUUGGGGUGCUGUCCCCACGUCGUGUCCCCACAGGCUCAGUGGGUGCCCACAAGGGGUGGUGGCACAAGGACAUGAGGGGACAUGUGUGACAUCGCUGCCACCCCCAGGGCCGUCACCCCAUGCCCGGUGGGACAGGGAUGUGUGACCCCAGCCACUGUCCCACCCCCCUCCUGGGAGCAGCUGGAGCAGCCCCCCAAGAGCAGCAGCCCCCCAAGAGCAGCAACCCCCCAAGAGCAGCAGCCCCCACUCCCUCCAGGACAGCCCUGUCCUCCCAGGGGCACUCCAAUGCCCAGGGGCACCCCCAUUCCCAGGGGUACCCCAUUUCCUGAGCACUCCAUUCCCAGGGGCACCCCCAUUCCCAGAGCACCCCAUGCCCAGAGCACUUCAUUCCAGGGGUACCCCCAUGCCCAGAGCACCCCAUUCCCAGGGGUACCCCCAUUCCCAGAGCACCCCAUUUCCUGAGCACUCCAUGCCCAGGGCACCCCAUUCCCAGGGGCACCCCAUUUCCAGAGCACCCCAUUUCCAGGGGCACCCCAUUCCCAGGGGUACCCUCAUGCCCAGAGCACCCCAAUUUCCUGAGCACUCGAUUCCCAGGGGUACCCCCAUUCCCAGGGGCACCCCCAUUCCCAGAGCACCCCCAUUUCCGGGAACCCCCCAACCCUCCAUUCCCCAGCAGACCCGGCUGUCCCAGGAGGUUCUGGGGCAGGGUGUCCCCUGGGUGCCACACGAAGGGAGCUGGCCCUGGGUGCCCAUGCUCGGGACAUCCCAGGAAUGUCCCAAGCUGUCCCCUGGGUGCCACACGAACCGAGCUGGCCCUGGGUGCCCAUGCUCGGGGCGUCCCAGGAAUGUCCCAAGCUGUCCCCCGGCUGUCCCGGGACACUCUGGGAUGUGAUCCCACGGAUGCCACCAGCAGCCGCGCCCACCCCGUGGGUGUCCCAGGACUUCCCAGCCCCCCAUGGAGCUGCCGAGGGGCGCGGGGGGUCCCCAGGCCUCUGUCCCCUCCCCUGGGUGCCCCCGGUGGGUGCCCGACCCCCCCGGCCCGGCCCGCAGAGCGCCGCUGCUUCCCGGGAAUGCCGGGGGGUGGAAUAAACAGUGUGAGGAGGA